UAUACGCCGCAGUGUUUUAAAAUGCGCCUUGUUGGCAAUUACAGAAUCUGGUGUAAAUCUUUAAACCUAUUGUAGUAUACGUAUACUUACGGGCAUUCGAGUCGAUUUUGGCGUUUUUCAUCUUUCUAUGUAGUGCUUUAAUUGUUUUCAAUACUUCGCAUAGCCGACCCAAAAACAGUCAAACUGUUCCAACAUAAAUUCAAACAAUACAUAUUUCAAUAUCAUAUCAUGAAAUCAAUGAAAAUUACCAGCUACCUAUUUCAUAAACAAUAAGACGAUUUGAUUGGCGCUUUCGUAUGCCUAAGGAAGUAGAUAUUAAACGCACUCGUAAAAAUAAAUAAACAUAAUAUUGUUUUGAACGAGAUUGGACUCAAAAUAACGACACUUCAAUCAAAUUUAAAUAUUAUGAUUUAUUUCGAUUUAUUUCCUUAUCGUAGUUGUUCACGCACACUCACGCAUAUUAAUUAUGUAUAUUAAAACAUUACACUCAUCACCGCCGCCGAACGAUAACGUUUAAUGUGAACGCGUUUUCGAUAAGAAUUAAUUUGAUCGUUACUAUACGACCACCGGCGAUUACCGCGGAAUCGAGAGCAUAGUACUGUAAUAUCAACAACAACAACAACAACAACAACAACAAUAUCGAAUGUCGAUAUUGCCAAUAGCGAUGUCGUUUGUACGCGGGCUGGCGGCCCAGGUGUCCGUGGAACCGGUGGUGCUGUUCUACUUCCUCGCGAUGGUGUACUCGGGGUGCCUGAGCACCAACCUACUGCUGUACAAAGCGUGCGACCCGACGGGUGCGAUGGCCAGCCAAGUGGGUUCGAAGUGCCAGGACGAGGCGACCGCGCAGCACGUGGUUGCGCCGAUCAACGGCUGGAAGGCGCUCGUCCAAUACCUGGUGCCCAUCGCGCUGGCCAUGGCCGCUGGCACGUGGAGUGACCGGCACGGCCGCCGACGGCCGCUGAUCGUGCCGCCGAUCGCCGGCCAGAUAUUGGCAGACGUGCUGUCACUGUACUGCACCGUCGUGUGGUCGGUAUCGCCGGCGCUGACGGCCGCUGCGCAGGCGGCCGCGCUGUCGCUGACCGGCGGCCUGCCAAUGCUGUUCAACGGCAUCAACUCGUACGUGGCCGACACGACCACGGACGAGUGGCGGACAGUCAAAUACGGCGUGGUCGGCGGUACAGUAGCCGUGGGUGGUAUACUGGGGAUGCUUUUUUACGGGUUCGUGGUGGUUAACGUGGGUUUCGUCGCCGCGUACGUAGUGUCCAUCGCCUUGGGCCUGACCGCACUCGCUUUCACGUUUGUGUUCAUCAACGACGACGGCGUCCGGCGGCGGACGUCAAACGCCGGUGACCAGCUUUCGCUGAACGAGGAUGUAGUCCAGGCCGUUAACCCGUUGGACGUGCUCCGAAAUUGUUACCGAGUGUUGGUCAAACCGCGUCCAAACCACGGCAAGUUGAUCUUGUGCCUGGUCGUGUUCGUGUGCGCACCGCUCACGUGCGUGCCGCUGGAGGGAGAAAUGUCUGUAAUAUACCUAUAUUUGAGGUAUAAAUUUCAAUGGAAUGAAGUAGACUUUAGUGUUUUCAAUGCUUACCAGAUGUCCGCCAUAUUGUUAGGCACAAUGUUUUCACUAGGGAUUUUAAGCUACAAAUUUCGGAUGAACGAUGCGUUAAUUGGUGCGAUUUCUUCGGUAUUUGAUCUUUUAGCAGCGGUCGCAUUCUUUUUAGUUUUCGAAUCAUGGCAACUAUAUUUAGUKCCACCGUUAGAGAUCUUUCGAGGUGCAGCUUUGGCGUUGACCAGUUCUAUUGCUUCGAAAUGCGUUGGAUCUGAGGAAUUGGGUUCUAUGAAUGCAGUGAAAUUAUUAAUGGAAAAUUCGAUGAAAGGUGGAUUUCUACCAUUAUACAGUUUUGUAUACAACCAUACAUUAGAAUCAACGCCCAGUGCAUUUUUUAUAAUCAGUAUUGUCCUAACAACUCCGCUUAUAUUCGUUUUUUAUCUGAUAUAUCACUUAAACAGAAACCAAAAAUCGUCCAUUGCAGUAGACGGCGGCGUCCAAAGUGAAAAUAAAAAACAAAAUACCGAAAUCGCACCAAUCAACAGCCACGACGUAAUUAGUUACCAUAUUUAGUGGAUUGUUUCUUGUAACAAUCACAAAACUUUUUAAGACUUAUUAUGUAUAAUAAUUAAAAAUAAGUAAUAUAAUAAAAUAAUCGUAAAUUUGUUCAAUUUUUUAACUACUU